AUGAUCUUCAAAGAUAUCCCCAUCAGGGAUGCCAUGUAUGGCUGUGCAGGAAAUAAGGAAGGAAGAAAUCAAAAUCAAGACAAAUGUCAAAUGAACUUCCCAGUCAGAGAACCAAUCACUGAUCCAGAGGGGGCACAUCCCAAAGACUGUUGCUGUGAUUUCUCGCUCAAGACGGCCGCUGUCAUCGAUACCCUCUUGUGCCUGAGCAGCUCCCGAGCCAGAAAACCUACCACUGUUGCAGAGGUGGUGGUUUUGAACGACUGUUGCUGUGGACUGUCCCUCAAGACGGGCGCCACCAUCGCAGGUGUCUUGUUUUCGUUUUGGAGCUUCGCGCAGAUACUGGUAUUGUUGUCAUACUUCGCCCUGGGCGGGUCAGCUCUUGACGGAGUGGUGACUGUGUACCUUAUAUACCACAUUACCGAAGCUAUCUGUGACAUAUAUCUCUGCAAUGGAGCUGUUCAGGGAAGCUCUGCCAAGCUCUUACCAUGGUUGAUUGUAAAAGCCCUGACGACUGUAGCAGUGAUUGUAAUAGCUGUUAUCGCCUGGUCUGCUGUUUUUUGUGCCCAACGUGUUCUUCCUGCGAGUCGUGUACAGCUACUACUGGACGCUCCGAAAGAGACAAGAAUCUGACAGGCUGGUACCUCAUAGAGUGAAUGUAUAGAUGUGAAGUGAAAUCGUCGCUGUUGGCAGUUUGAAUCAUCACUACUUCUAUGGAACAUUUAGCUCAUGGACAUUUAGCUUUGGACAUCCGUGAAUGUUGAAGGAAGAAAGGUUGUCGUUAUUAUUUUUUGAUUUUGACAGGGAAUCUUGUAUCCAGGUACUACAGUUACUGCGAACAGUGUCUGCACUUUAUAUCUCUGACUGAACUUACUGCUUCUGUUUUCAUAAACAGAGCAUUUCAUGAAUAAUUCGAGAGACUACUAAAGUGUACAAGAAUCCAUUUUGCAGUGUUUCGCUUGGAACGAACUUUGUAUAUAUAACCUUCAACUGUUGAUUCUAGCAAAGCAUAGUUCAGUGUUUGCUAUUCAAUGUUGUUCGAUAAAAGAUACACAUUUAUUUUCAUUAUGUGCAUUUCCGCCAUUCAAUUUCAAUUUUUGUAACUCAGUGAUCU